CUUUAGCCCGAGGGUCAUGGCACAUGGCAAGAAAAAUAGACUCUGGGCAAAGACUCUGGGUCCGCUGGAGCUGCAAUGGCGAUUCGCUGCAGGGAGGUGUGCAGAACAGGUCCAAUGUCGAUCUAGUCCAGGUGUAGUGAUGAUGAUCGAUGCUGUCUUUGCUCAUUUUCUUCUGCUCUGCGCGGGACUUUUACCCAGUCAAUUAUGGGGGGGAGGAGUCAAGGUCGGCUACUAGUGCGGAUAGCCAUGUGUCGCUCUCCUUUUUCCUUCAGACUGCUUAGGGCAGAUUCGAAAGAUGUG